UAAGUAAAAGAGUGUAUAACUCAUUAAACUCGCUUAAAUUCGAAAUGCCAAAAAUAAUUAAAAAUUAAAGCCAAAGAAUUUAUAACAAAACAGAAAUAAUUAAAAAAAAACUAAAAUUAAUAUUCUUAUAAUGCUAAACAAAGCGCGUGUAGUUAUUAUUUGUCUCUUAAUAAGCCAACUAACAUGUCAGGCAUUCUGCAAGACAUUGCCAGCCACAAUCAGAGACGAUGAUGGUGAUCGUAAAAGUCCCACAACAUCUUAUUACCGCCACAAUAUUUUUGGUCCCAACACGUAUGCUUUUGGCUUUGAAGUAAAUGAUAAAGUAUCUGGCAACAUACAGUUUCGUGAUGAACGUCGUUAUGCCAAUGGUACCGUGCAGGGAUCCUACGGUUAUGUACGACCCGAUGGCAGUGUCAUGGUGACACAUUUCAUGGCCGACAGUGAGUUGGGUUACUUAAGUCAAACGCAAAAUUUUGAGCCCGGUGACGAACCGAAAUGGCAAGAAAAUUGGCCUACUAAGAGACCAAAUAUCUUGAUGGAAAAGCCUUUAGAGUCCAUACAACCCACAGUCGUUUAUGAUGACAAGGAAAAAUUAAAUUUAACAUCAAUUCUGUUGCCUGUAAAACCAAUAAAAGAAGAACAUGGUAUCGAUUUAAAUCCUCCUGCAUUAGAGAAAGAAUUGGUUAACCCUGCUGUGUUAGAAGUUAUCAAUGGCGAAGCUCCUCUGCUAAUGGACACAAAGAAAAAAGACAAUUCAUUGGGAUUUGAAACCGUUCAUCAAUUUAUACCACCAGCAUUUCCGAUUGUACCAUUUCAAUUACCCGACGACGACGUUAAAAUACAUCUAAAUGGAGGUUUAAGUAAAACACCCAUUCCUGUGGUUAUGAAAACUAAUGAGACUCAUUCGGACAAUAAAUACGAUCAACAAAAACUAAAUAAUUCGGAAAAAUCUUUAAACCUACCUGAUAAUGAUGCCACAUCUAAUGAUAAAUAUGUCAAGUCUAAAGGUAAUAAUGCGGAAAAAUCUUUACCCAGCACAGCCAUUAAGUCUAGCUCAAGUAAUGAGGACAAUUUAACAAGAUCUCCUCAGGCCAAAUCGAUUUCCAUUGAUAAAAACACUGACUGGUAUGAUAAAGUCAUUAAGCAAACACGCCAAGAGUAUUUGGAAACUGUGCAAUAAAUAAUUGAAGUGUUUAAUAUGGAAAUAAAACAAAUGCAAACAAUAUAUUCAACAUUAUAAGAGUAAUAUUUGAAUGGCUCAGUAACUACUUAUAUCGAUUAACUGCAUUAAAAAUAAAAUUACAUUCUCUAAAAUUACAUAGAUAAAAUCAUAUAGAUCGGAAACUCCCCUGUCAAAGGAGUGACUCAGUUGUCAAAGUCCUAACUAGUGAGAAUAUAUUAGUAAAAAAAUAACACUCGUAUGUGUGAUUAUUUUGUGUAAUUUUUUGUUUGAGUUUUUCUUUUAGUUUCCGCUCUAUGUGUAUUUCUCUAUGGCGUAAACAUAAGUGCAGUUAAUCGAUUUGACUAGGGAGGCAUACACACAUUUAUAGAAAUUUUAGUUAUAAAGUUAUUAAAUAUUAGCUAGUUUUUCAUAAAAGGAAUUAGUUGUCAGUUUUACAUUUAAGUUGAAACGAAACCAAAAUAAACAAAAGACCUAAAUAAGACA